AAGGUUUUCAAAGUGAAGCCCUGGUGAGGUCCGGCGACGGUGAUCAUCAACAUGGCGGGGACAGUUUUCUUUGUCGCCCUUUGCAGCUUUUUGUCAGUAGCGUAUUCGGCUGCUCCAUACAAAUGUGCAGGUGUAGCCACGUACCACUUGGCAUUUUAUGGCAACUGGAGUAUGAUGACUCAUCCCUUUGCUUGGCCUCCAGGCGGCGGAUUUUCUAAUUUGGUUGGUGCCUCGCACGAAGAUAACUACACUAUUUGGGAUGGGGGAAUGAUGGCCUCUCCAGGGGUUCAAGCUGUUGCUGAAGGAGGUGAAUAGCUCGCUUUUUUAAUGUUACAUUUCAUUGAGCUUAAAAAUGAAAUUAAAAUAAGAUUUGCAAUAAUUGAGGACAAAACUUUGGCUGAAAAAUGGAAGCCUCCUAGUUAAGCGAUACUGGCUUAAAACAGACCCGCCGUUAGACUUUCAAAAAAGUCCUUCGACCGAUUUACUAUGGCUCAGGACCUCUCGCUUGCUCGGCCGCUUCGCGGCCUUUAACUCGGUAAGAAACUCGCGAGGUCGACUUGUAGCAAGUCUAACCCGCCGUAUGUCACCUUAUAAAAUUUGGCGCUUGGUAAGCGAUUUAUGAUUUUGUUAACUUCAAAGUAAAGAAAAGCUUAGAGAACUGUUUGAAAAUACUUAGCGCUAAGUCCGUUUAUAACUUUCCAUUUUAGGAAUUUAUCGAGUGAAAAUUUAAAAGUUACCCAAUUCUUCUUGCACUCUCCAGGGGCACCCAACGAGAAUAUAGUUCAAAACCACUUAAACAUAGCAUUGUUAAACGUAUUUUAGUAUUUAAACGGUAGAUAAAGGCAGUAUCCCCUAAACUUUAUCUGUUCGGAUUUCCUAGCUGAAAGUCUAGUGAUCCGAAAAUUAUAGGGAUCAAAACUUACCUUUUCGAAAAUUUCAGCCAGAAAAAAGGCUCCUGAAAAUUCGAGGUGACCUUUUUAGCCGAUAAAAAUCCGUUAAAAAAGGGCAAAUAUACCAUUUUUUAGAUGCUCGAAAAUCCUAGGAGAGGCAGGCAAGCAAGAAAUUUUACAACAAAUGUUCUGAAAAUUCUAGAUCUCAAAUUGUCUUCCGAACAGAUAUUUUCCGAAAAUUGACGUUGGGCGCCCCAGUGACUGUCCAGAGCAAAAAAACUGUCAUUAGCACAGAGGGUGAAAGGGUUAACACUCAACCGUCAAACGGCAAUAUUCCGUUGCAACCGUCAAACGAAGUGGUAAUUAUUAGUCCAAAGUCCUUUCAUUAGUCCACAAUUUCAAACCAAACAAUGGGCUACUCGAGCUCUUGCGUUUAACCUGCCCGAGUAUUUUUUUAACAGCUGUCAUCUUUUUAGCCCGGGGGUACUCCGCAUAUGAAAGGGGUGGGGAUGCUCGUCGAAAAUUUUGAAUUAAACCCCUAAAGGAGACCGAUCUCGGCGUGGCCCAAGCUUUUUUUGACCCGUAAAAGAGACCAUGUUAAAACACAGACAAUAUAUAUAUUUUUAUAUUUUUUCACGAGCAACCCUCAACAAGACCUUCACGGCUAAAUAUGAUGGCGUUUUGCCCAAAACACCCUAAGUGAGACCAAAAUCUGAAACUUUCACCCCUAAGCGAGACGACGAGCAUCCCCACCCCUUUCAUAUGCGGAGUCCACCCCCGGGCUUUUUAGACGAAGGUCGUAUACUAUAACCAUUUAUUCUUUCACUUUCACUGGGAUAAGUAUACGACUUCGUUUUGAAAACAAGUGUGUUGAGCCAAUCACAAACGUAGAAAUGUUUUGAAUGGAUAAUGACAUUUAUUAUCCCGUUUUUCCUCAGGUAAUUCAGCAACACUGGAGGCGGAAAUAAUGCAGCGAAUCAUGAACAGCAAGACGGCCUGGAAAUUAAUCAACUCUACGGCUGGAAUUCCAGGCACAGGUAACGUAAUGAAUAUCGACGUCGAAGUCACACAGGACUUUCCUUUGGUAUCUAUUGUCACCAUGCUUGCGCCAUCACCUGAUUGGUUCACUGGAAUUAAGAAGGUAUCCCUUUGUGACACCUCGAGCGGAAUGUGGAUGGACAGUCACACAAUUUAUGAUCUACAACCCUGGGAUGCCGGCACCGACAACGGGACAACUUUCAUGGCUGCGAAUAAUCCGACUAUGCCCCCCGGUUAUAUCAGCAUGAUCACUAAACUUGCACCACCAACAGAUUUUAUGAAUCUUUCCGCGUCAGCAAUACCAACACUGGGUAAGAUGAUGUUCGUGAGACAAAACAAGCCAACCAUGAAUCAAUGCAGUGGCAUGUACAAUUACACAGUCAAGUUUGAGGCGAAAUGGUCACAGGCUACCCACCCCAACGGAUGGCCGAGUGGAGCCAAGUUCUCCCCUCUCGUCAUUGCUACUCACUCGUACAAAUACAAAAUGUGGAGUGAUAUGACCAGAGCCUCACCGGGUGUCAAGAAAGUUGCGGAAACAGGUGCGUCAAUUUUUAAGAAUUGAUUACUAGUAAGAUUUCUCUAAGUGAUUACACUGAUGGGUAUGCGGAGGGAAAAAAUUACAGCGGGAAAGUUAAACAAACUUAAGCCUCUAACAGAAUUUUUCAUAACCGGGACCAAGGUUACUUGCUAAAGGCCUAUUAUUCCAACUAGAACGCUCUUUCAAUGAAUCCGUGUGGCAAAAAUCUCACCUAAUUCUCAGAUUGACAUAUUGACUGACUACUAUGAAUCAGUGAGCUCACGAUUAUGAAUAAUAAUAUAUUUCUUUAUAUAGCGCUAAAUAGAUAGAGGAUACUACACGGUGGCGCGAAGAUAUGACUUUUAUUUGCGAGUGGCAAAACAAUCUGUUUUUACGAAAGAGCGCAGCGGGUAAGUAAAAUAUUGUUUUUGCCACGAGAAAAUAAAAUUUAUAUCUUCAAGCUGCUUCAAGCCGACGUGUAAUGUUCUUUUUAUUAUAAAGACAAAAAGACAUCGAUAAAAUAAUAGAUUUUUAUUCGCCAAACGGUAAUUGUGACGGCUCACAUUUACAGUACAGCAAUAUAAGACAUUGUUUACAAUAAUCUUGGGAAAUAACACUGAGCUGAAUAGGGCUCUACAUUGCCAAAAUAUAAGCAAAGCUUUGGGAAAUGAGUAAUUGAAAUUCAAAGGACGCAAGACGCCUACAAAUAUUGAAGGGAAAUCACCGAAAUUAAAACAUCGAUAAACUCACGUGUGAGAUUAUGGAAAAUAAACCACCCGGGUCCCGGAUGUAUUUUUCACGAAUUUUAUGAGUGGUAUAUUUUCCAGUAAAACACUCGUCUCUAUAUAAUAAAUAUACAUAUCUAAAGUGCUAAUAAAAGUUGAGACAAACAUUGACACAUAACAAACAUGACACUUGAAAAAAUAAAAAUAAAACACCGCAAUAAUCACUGGACAAGAAUUGACAAUGUUUAUUUCUAAAUAAAGUUGGUAAUACAAAACGCCAUUCCAAUGCGAUGGCAGUUAUAUUUUCGGUCCUUUUCACUGUUUUGUCUGUCUGUUGUCUUUUUGUUAUGGACUGAUCUAAAGAGACUUGACUGACCACACCCUUGCCCACCCUCCACUCCAAUUCAGCCGUGUACUUUGCCUUUGCCUCACUUUUUAAUAUCAAAUUUGCCUUCAUUUUCCUUUAACAGGAAUGGAAGGACUAUUGUAUAACGAAGUUAUGAUGAUGAAAAAGCCCGGUUUUGUCUCCAAUGUCUAUAAAACCGGGGCGAUAAGCACCCCAGGUGGCUACAAUAGCACAAAAAUCAUGGUACAAAGCAUGUACUCCAUGGUCUCUCUAAUCAGCAUGAUCGCACCUUCACCUGAUUGGUUCGUUGGAGUUGACAGCUAUGAUCUCUGUGGAACGAAUGGAUGGAAAGAAAUGAUGACAAUGGACCUGCUCCCGUGGGAUGCUGGGACGGAUAGUGGGCGAAACUUUACGUCAGUAGACAUGGCGACUAACCCUGUUGACGUCAUCAUGCGUAUCACUUCAAGUAGUGAUACCCAGAUGGGCGCAGAUGCCAAUAAAGUCUUUGCUACAGUCACUUUCACGCGCGGAGAAAUGAUACCAACAACUACGCAAACAACAACUACGCAAACAACAACUACAGCUAGUGCCCCAGGCUUGUCGGCCGGCCUUUUUGCCUUCCUGUCCGUCUCGUUGCUUGCAAUCAUGGGUGUGCUGUACUAGAGUAAUGCAAUGGAGCUAGAGCGGUGCAACCAACACAUUUUGUCAUUUUCGAACAUUUUCCCCUAGUACGUGGUCGAUGCCAUUUGAAAGACACAGUCUUAUCUGGUCAAAGACCAUUUUUUAACUAAUUCUCGGUCAAAUUAGACCUUUUUUCCGUGUAGAAAGUUUAAAGCUGACCAAGCACCUUCUGAACAGACUAGUAUCUUGGCUAGUGCAUAUUCCAUAAUGGUUAUUGAUUUAAUUGUUGGACAAUUGUUACAGAUUUCACAGAGACGCAUUACAAAUGAAAUCGACCCUGUCAAACCCUGUAGUAGGAUAAACCUUUUGUAAACUCUGCAUUGCACGCGCGAAUAUACGUUUGUAU